GCAUUUACAGCAGGUUAAAAAGUAUGCUGAAAACAUAAGAAAACACACUCAAGCAAAAACAAAUGUGAAUAUUCACCUGAAUGUAACAUCACUUAGUAUUACUAAUACAAUCGUGUCCAACUUUACACCUGCCAGGAUGAACUGAACAUCAAUUAUAUUAUAAAGCUGCUAAGAUAUGAUAAGAUAAGCUAUGAUGCAUCACAACAAGAGGCACAUUAUAGAAGUGCAUUGGUCAACUAAAGAUUAUUCCCUGAAUCCCUCACACAUAAAUCAAAUAAUCUCACAUUAUGAAAUUGUGCCUAAUCAUACAAGGUAGAAAAUAAACUUCUGCUAAAUGAGAUCAAAAUCACUCCAAACCAUUUUCAAUCAUAUUCCACAUUCAAACACUCAUAAAACAUUUUCCUUUACACUCUAAACACUGUAAAUAAGAAUAAUGUAAAAGAAUGAGCAAACCUAUAAAGAAAUAUGUUUAAUGAGAGUUUGAAUAUGGAACAUGAAUAAAAUCCAAUGAUGUUUAGAGUGAUUUUGUCUUCAAUUUUCUCAAAAUCUGAAAUGUGAAAUUUAAGAGUAUAAUAUACAGGGACACUCUAAAUAAAAUAAUUUAAAAGAAUGAGAAAACCUAUAAAUAUGUUUAAUAAGUGUUUGAAUGUGGAACAUGAUUAAAAAUACACUGAGGCUUUUAAUUUGUUUAUGUAUUAUUGUAACGGAAACGCCUUUCUGAAGCGUCGUUACGGUUAUUUUGACCGCUCCCAGCACCCAUACCGCAAAUGCACGAUUAGACGCGCAACACAAAGAAACGUGCGGCUGGUUUGAACGUGUAUUUUUAAACUGCGGCUUAACCGCAGUCGCUUAUCUUCAUAAAACUACGGGGCGCCCCAAGGAUCAAAUCUCAGAACGUGCGUGCGUUUAUCGUUUUAUUCACUUUCAUAAAAAGAAUAAAUGAUGCAGGAGAGAAGAUAUGCAGUAAAGGUGUAUGGGGACUACAUUUAAUUUUAUAUUAAGUAAUAAAGUGGCUGUUUAACAUACGCAUGACAAAGACUUAAUAAGUAAUAUUAAAAAAACUUAACAUUUAAUCUGAACUGUCAUUCACCGCGCUUGUGGAUUUCUGCAUAAGCCCCGCCCCCUUGCGAAGCCCCGCCCUCUCGGAGGUCUCCGGGCUGCAGCGGUACGCUGUUCAUGAAACUGAUCCUGAAGAGAAAAGAACAGCAGCAGAGAUCAGCGUCAGUUCUUUCACAGGUCUGAAGAUGUUCUGUGUCAGACCUCUUGCCUGUUACCAGAAAUCAUGGGCCAUACUGAAAAUAACUCCACAAGCCAACCACAACCCAUUUUCAUAUCACUUGUUAUAUAAUAUGCCAACUGGAUUACGGUGCUAUGCACUACACACAAAUAAGUGUGAAAAUAGAAAACAAAUACAUUUCACUGGGCUUCAUAAUAGGGCUCUUCUGUCACAAUCAUUCAAUCAUCAGCAAGCUACAUUUUCUCAGGACAAUAAAAAACCUUCAAAGUCUUUUCCAUCCAGGAUAAAGCACCAAACACGACUGGCUGUAACACUAGUUAUUGGAGGUGCUAUUAUUGGCACCUGGUGGUAUGUUCAUGAGGAAAAGCAGCAGAAGCAGCAAAUGCAGCGGAUAGAGCAAUUGAGGAACGUGGCCAUCGGUCAGGGAGACUUCUGCUUGUUGGACCACACUGGUCAGCGCCGAACCAAAAAAGACUUCCUGGGGCAGUGGGUGCUCAUGUACUUUGGCUUCACACACUGUCCUGAUAUCUGUCCUGAUGAGCUGGAAAAGAUGAGCAGUGUGUUAAAGCUGCUGGAUGAGUCAAACUUGCCUGGUGUGCAGCUGCUGUUUAUAACAGUUGAUCCUGAGAGAGACGAUGUUCCUGCUAUGGCAAAGUACGUCAGAGAGUUCCACCCAAGGCUGAUUGGAUUGACAGGCACACCUGAGGAGGUAAAGGAAGCUGGACGGGCUUACAGGGUUUAUGCAAGUGCUGGACCCAAGGAUGAUGAUGGAGACUAUAUAGUGGACCACACCAUCCUUAUAUAUCUUAUUAAUCCAGAUGGCCUUUUUGUGGACUAUUACAACCAUGAAAAUGCCAUGCAGAUUGCCGAAAGCAUUCGUCAUCACAGAAAGAAUUAUGUGACGUUGUUCCCUGAGCAGUGAAAAGUCUGAUACAGGGAGAGUGUAUUACAUUUUCUUGCAAAAUAAAAUCUGGAAUUAAUAACCGGA